GCUUGCUAGUGGUCAGGAUGGGACCUUGCGUUGGCGCAGUGCGAUGCGAUGCGAAACGAUAGCUCGCUGCUAUGAUACUGGUGGAAAGGGUGCUUGGCGUUGGACAGGGUGGUGAAGGGUACAAAUAGGUGGCCCAUUCGAGGGGGAUACAAGCGCAAGGUGCUCCCCCUCAACAAUUCAGCAUCUCACUCAGCAUGAUGACCAAGAAGUCGAUCUCUUUCCUCGGCGCCCUCCUUCUGGCACUGAGCGCUUCGGCCGCACCUGCGCCUGCUCCUACGGCUGUGCCGAAGGUAGCCCGUGCUAGCAUUCAGGAUGGGGCAAUCCCCUUCAUCUCCUCCAUCAAAGCCUCCGCCACCACCUCCUCUUUCAACGCCCAGCAGACGACCAGCUCCUCCUGCAACCGUCUCCUGUACAAUGGACAGUGCUGUUCAUCUGGCAUCGUAAUUGAUGACGCAUGUUACCCAGCCACCCAGGACUUCCCCCAAGGGAUCCUCGUUGGCACAUCGGGAACAUCGCGCUACGUCCUGUCUUCCCCUUCGACCGGGUUCAUCAGUACGGGCUCGUACAACACCAACCAGGAUGGGGACACGUACAUUGUUCAGGGUCACGACUACGGUGGAAAGGAUGGGGGCAACGGAGCUGAUGGAGCUAAUGGCGGCGAUGGAGGAAUCACCAUCAACCAAGGGUACACUUUCUCCAACGGUGGUGGCGGAUACACCUACUCUGCACCGGACAUUGGAGGAUUCACCAUGAGCAUCGGAGACAACGAUCAGGUCGGGGCGAGUAUCAGGAGCAGCGUAAGCGCGCAUUUGAGCAGCGUCUUUGCGAGCCAGUCUGCCUUGUUUGGAGGCAGCAGUACGACCAGCUCGUCGAGUAGCACCACGAGGCCCACGUCGACUUCCUCUUCUGCGUCGGCUCUCAAUUUGGGCGGAUCGAAUGGCGCCGUCAGUGGAAUGGCGAUUGGUGGGAUUCAGGCUUCCUUCGCUCUCGCCAUUGCAGCCGGUGUGGGGGCGGUGAUGCUCUAGGCACGUUUCGUUUCCUUGCACCGUAAUGCAGCACAAUAUUCGAG